AUGAUUAGGGUCAUUAGAGGUGGCAGACGAGUUGAGGUCUCAAUUUAUGAUCUUGUUGUUGGUGAUGUUGUACCCCUUAACAUCGGUGAUCAAGUCCCUGCUGGUGGCAUUUUAAUAAUGGGUCACUCACUUGCGAUAGAUGAGUCAAGCAUGACUAGAGAUCACAACACUAUGAGCCUUUAUGCCUGUUAUGUAACCAAUGCUGGGAUUAAUACCAAAUGGGAAUUUCUCAUGCCUAGUAUUUCCAAAGAUAUUGGUGAUGAAACCCUUUUGCAGGUGCGCUUAACUGGGGUGGCUAAUAUCAUUUCUAUUGUUGGACUCAAAGUAGCUGUUCAUGUCAUGGGUUUUCCAUUGCUCAGGUAA